AAUUAUGUUCUCCAGAUGUUUCACUUCAAGGUAGAAGAGCAAAGAAAACAAAAACUCAAGGAGCAUCUGUUAAAAAGAAAAACUCUUUUUGCAUACAAACAGGAAAAUCAGAAAUUCUCCAGUAGUAGAAACGAGGGAAUGAUGACAUCUGAAGGUCUGGUCCAAGAAGAGACAAAAGUUCUGAAACUUAAGACAGAAAUGGCUGAUAAAGAAAAUGUCCAUAGACCUACAAGGAGCAAAAAUAAUGUAACAAUGGGAAAAAAUUGUAUUCCGUUAAAACCUUCUAAUGAAUUAACCAAUUCAACUAUAGCCACUGAUACAAAGAAACUUUCAACUCCUAUCUCUAAGGCCACAAAACCUCAGCCUAUAAACACCAGCAGUGUAACAGCAAAAAGUCACAGAGCCUCAAAUAUGAUGACUACGACUAAAUUUGUGAGGGCUACAUCUCAGAAUGGACAACUUUUACGUCCUCCUAUUAGAAGUCACCACAGUAAUACUCAUAAUACCCAGGACUCCCUGAAACAAGGCAUUGCCAAUGUUACAGUUCGGAAAGGGUCUCAUGAGAAAGAAUUACUACAAUUAAAUACAGUUUUAUCUAGUGUCAAAACCAUUUCUUCUCAGGAAGUAAAAAGAAAUAAGACAGUAUCAAGAAGCAUCACAUCUGAAAUGAUAGCCAGGCCUGCUUCAUCUUCUAAUAUCAAACAGAUAGAAAAGUCAAAAACCAUUGACCAGUGCAGGCAUACUAUAGCAAAAGCAACUAUCAACAAUAGAAGGGCUCAGCCCAAAGAAACCGUAGAAGAAAGAAAAGCUCGUUUGAGUGAGUGGAGAGCUAGCAAAGGAAAAAUAUUGAAAAGGCCUCCUAGCUCAGUAAUAACCCAGCCUGAACCUGAAGGACAGAAUGAAAAACCAGUUGGGUCAUUUUGGACUACCAUGGCAGAAGAAGAUGAACAAAGAUUAUUUACUGAAAAAGUAAACAAGACAUUUUCUGAAUGCCUAAACCUGAUUAAUGAGGGAUGCCCCAAAGAAGAAGUAUUAAACACACUGAAUGACCUGAUUAAAAAUAUUCCAGAUGCCAAAAAACUUGUUAAGUAUUGGAUAUGCCUUGCACGUGUCGAACCACUCACAAGUUCUAUUGAAAAUAUUAUCUCAAUCUUUGAGCAGGCCAUUCUGGCAGGAGCUCAGCCUAUUGAAGAAAUGCGACAUGCAAUUGCAGAUAUUCUAACAAUGAAGAGUCAAGAAAAAGUUAAAUUUGGAGAAAAUCUUGAGGAGGCUUGUGCAACGAAGGAAAAAAUCCAAGAAGUCAACAUCGAAGAUAUUGGUGUUAAUCGAGAGUCAGGAAAACCUGAAAUGGAAAAUAAACAUAGAAAUGUAGUAUUUCAAGAUUGUAAAAAAGAGCAAGUACACAAAACAAAAGAUCCAACCAAUGAUGUUAAAACCCCCAACAAAGAAACUAGGGAGGGUUGCUUAAUUAAAUAUAAUGUGUCUACUACACCAUACUUGCAAAGUGUAAAAAAGAAAAUGCAGUUUGACGAAAUUAAUUCUGCAUUUAAAGAGCUCAAGUUUCUAACACCAGUUAGACGUUCUCAGCGACUUCAAGACAAGACUUCUAAGUUGCCCGAUAUGUUAAAAGACCAUUAUCCUUGUGUGUCUUCAUUGGAACAGUUAACAGAGUUGGGGGAUGAAACUGAUGCUUUUAUAUGCCGCCCUAAUGCAGCACUGUGCCGGAUGUAUUUGGAGACUGAAACAACAGAAGAGAAAUAAAGCUAUGAUAAGAAAUAAG